AUGUCACUCAGGAACACCCGUUGCAGUCGCACUUGCCCGUCGAAGGCUAGGCGUUCAGUUAUUAUCCGCGCGACGCUGCUGCGCCCUUCUGAUGUAGUGACGCCGACGUCGCCUGCUCCAGCGGCGCCUCCCCUGUUGAAAGGCCGCGAUGUAGAGGACUAUGCCAUGUGGCGCUGCAUUGAAGCGCACCAAGGCCGCAAAAUGAGCGUGCCUCGUGGCUUCAGAUGGAGUGGUGGAGUGCUUGACCAGGCGUACGAGAAAUGUGGGCAGGUUACCAGCGAGUAUGCAAAGACCUUCUACUUGGGAACGCAACUAAUGACUCCAGCUCAAGCCAAGGCGGUUUGGGCAGUCUACGUCUGGUGCCGACGAACAGACGAGCUGGUGGACGGGCCAAACGCAUCCAGGAUAACACCGAAGGCUCUUGACCGCUGGGAGGAGCGGCUAGAAGCCUUGUUUAAUGGGAAACCCUACGAUGAAUUGGACGCUGCGCUCACCGACACUGCAUCGCGGUUUCCGCUUCACAUCCAGCCAUUCCGGGACAUGAUCGAAGGCAUGCGCAUGGACCUUGUAAAGUCUCGGUACGAGACUUUUGAUGAGCUCUAUGAGUAUUGCUACCGCGUUGCGGGCACGGUAGCGCUGAUGACAACACCAAUUAUGGGGAUCGAGCCUACCUACAAGGGGCACCUGGAGCCGGUGUACCGCGCCGCGCUGGCCCUCGGUACGGCCAACCAACUAACUAACAUUCUGCGGGACGUCGGUGAGGAUGCGUAUCAGCGCAACCGUAUCUACGUACCGUUGGACGAGCUGGAUAAGUACGGCAUCUCUGAGAAGGAGCUGCUCACGGGUCUUCACGCGCCCACCACCGGCAAGAUGGACGACCGAUGGCGGCGUUUCAUGAAGUUUCAGAUCAAACGCGCCAGGCAGUACUUUGCGGACGCGGAGGCUGGCGUAGAUUUACUUGAUCCCAAGGCACGAUGGCCCGUCUGGUCUGCGCUGAUUCUGUACCGCCAGAUUCUGGACGCCAUCGAAUUGAAUGGUUACGACAACUUCUCGAAGCGCGCGUACGUGCCCAAAUGGCGUAAGAUGGUGUCACUGCCCGUGGCGUACACGCGCGCACUGCUGCCCUCCGGCCACAUCUUGCCCAACAACGACAGCAGCACCAGCAGCACUAGCAGGAGCUAA